CGCUCAGCUGCGCGCUCCAGCGGCCGUCAGCUGACCGGGCCAGGUAGUUGGAGAAGAGCUGAGCUCGGCGUCGGUCAUGGUGUCUCUGCUGUGCUGCGGGCCCAAGCUGGCCGCCUGCGGGAUCGUGCUGAGCGUGUGGGGCGUCAUCAUGCUGGUGCUGCUCGGAAUAUUCUUCAACGUCCAUUCUGCCGUCCUGAUAGAAGAUGUUCCAUUCAGCCACGAAGAUCUGUUUGAUGACCCCAAGCCUCCCAGCAAGCUGUAUGGCCUAUAUGAGCAGGUCUCAUAUAAUUGCUUCAUCGCAGCUGCCAUCUACAUCGUCCUGGGCGGCUUCUCCUUCUGCCAGGUCCGGCUGCACAAGAGGAAAGAGUACAUGGUGCGCUGAGCGUCCUUCCUGUAACCUUGAAGACUAUGUGAUGAGGCACAGAUGAAGAUGCUGAACCUUCUACUUUCCUUAGUGGCUACUUCACUCACACCCCCCCCCCCCCCCCCCCCCCCCCCAACAUCUCUCCUUGUAGACCAUCAAAUCCAGGACUCCCAUCAUCUGUAUGGUAGUGUCCUCUCACACCCAGCCUCCAGACCUUCAUCAUUGUGUCUCCACCUUCAUCCAACCCUGAGAAGAUGUCUUCAGCCCUCGGGCCUUCACUCUUGAAGGACUGAUUCCUGAUCUGGAGGUUGAUUGUUACCUCAGAUGUGACUUGUGUACAUUCCUGAGCCCGCCCGUCCACCCCUCGUCUCCCUCAGAUCUUUUUCCCUUCUUGAUGUUCUGAGAUGUUAUUUAAGAUGUAAAUGUUUAAUAAAGUGAUGAGAGUUGUGUGAUAUAAA